GGCUUGACGAGGUUUGAUGGAGUAUAAAAAGUAUGAUGUCUACUGAUAAAAAUAUGUGUGUUAUGGUAGAUAAGAAGAAAAGUGAUAAGAUUUGAGUAUGUGUUAGAUUUUGAUUACUUAAAAUACUUAAAAAAAGAAAAAAAAUAAUGGGAAGGGAGAGGCCAUCACAGAGUGAUGUUUGUCACUUGAAUUGGGGCAACGCCCCCUCACCAUGCUCACUGAAUGGGGAAAUCCGAUGAUCAGCAACUGCCACUGCAUCAACACCAAGGCCGCCGGAGUCGGCCCGGCGGGGGAUGUCCGAUGGGCGGUCUCUCUCAUCUUUUCAACCGUUUCAAUUUCAAGUGCUUCUUCGUCCUUCUACUGAGCGUCGCCGUUUUUCUCUCCGCAGCGUUUUCUGUCCUUCCUCUUCGCCCUUACUCGUCUGGGUUUGAUGCGAAGGAGGCAAUCAAGCUCGGCUCUACUGUUCAAGCAUACAUCAGACUAAAGAAACCGAUUUCAGAUCUUAUUCAUAGCAUUGAUAGACUAGAAUAUGAUAUCUAUGGGGAGUUAGGAGUCCCUUCUACAAAGGUCGCAAUUCUAUCCAUGCACCAGGCAGAUUUACAUAACCAGAGUGAUGUAAUAUUUGGUGUGUUUCCCGAUCAAGCCAAUUCAUCUAUAAAUCAGCAGUCCCUAGAUUUGCUGAAAAUGUUAUUCAUAGAUCUUUUUCUCAAACAAGCCAAUCUGACCCUGACUACUUCAAUCUUUGGAGAGCCAUAUUCUUUUGAGAUUCUGAAAUUUCCAAAUGGAAUGACUAUAAUUCCUGAACCCCUCUCUCCAUUCUGGAAUGCACCUCAGAUCCUCUUCAACUUCACUCUCCAUAACUCUGUUGAAGUAAUAAAGGAGAAUUAUGUCAUUUUAAAGGAGCAGCUGAAGUCUGGCUUACAUCUCAAGCCACACGAGGAAGUUUUUGUGAUGGUGAAAAACAAGAUUGGUUCUACAAGAGACCCUCCUGUCACAAUUGAAGUCUCUGCUGUUACGGAUGUUGACAUUCUACCACUGGAAAGAUUGAAACAAUUAGCCCGAACAAUCACCCGAUCCCCUCCCUCAGCAAAUCUUGGCCUUGAUAACUCUGUAUUUGGUAAGGUUAAGCAAAUAAGUUUAUCUUCCUUCCUAAGCCAUUCACUUCAGUCCCUUCCUCCAAUGCCUGCUCCAGCUUCAGCUCCGUCUCACUCCCCAUUCCCCUCGCCACCUUAUGCUAGCCACCAAAGCUAUGGCCCACUUCCUGGGGACACAUAUUGGCAAUCUCCACCUGUUAUCACUGCUUCACCACCAAUUGGUCCAGGCCCAUCACCAGCUGGUCCCGUUUUGUCUUACUUUGCUAAUUCCCCACUGUCAGGCAAUGUCAUGCUGAAGAUGUCACCUAGUCUUUCUCCUCUGCCCGGGGAAUCAUAUCAUUAUAGUCGGACCCAGGAAAAAUGGGUUGCAACUAGCUUUGGCUCGUUAUCACAAAUUUCUUCAGCAGCAUCAUCAUCAUCUCCAUCAGAUGAUUUUCAUGCUAAACCGCUUAUUCUUGUCAGCUUGAGGUGUGGAUUUAUUUUGCAGUCUUAUGCUGGUUCUUGACAUUGCUAUGUUGGAUAUGAUACCACGCCUAAUGGAGUUUCUUUGAGUAGGAUGCUAGCGCUUCUAACAUGAAGGUUAAUGCCUAUCAUAACUGUAUACAAACAAUGCAUAUAUGUUAACGGAGCUGUUGUGGGGUCUACACCUAAGGUAAUUGGCUUCUGUUUCACUCCAUGACACUCAGAUAUGUAAUACCCAUUGCGGUUUUUCAAACUCAUACAAAAUUAAAUUGAGAUAGUUGUA